GCAGGGGCGAGAGCGGUGUGUCGGGACUUGUAGUUUCCCCAAUAGGAUUGUGGGAGUCGUGGUUUGCGCGCUGGCCGGGUGUUAAAGGCUCCGCAGCUGGGCACUCAGCAGACCUUGGAGCUCCCGAGGCCCUGACCUCCCAGCUCCCUCUCAUGCAGCUGCCUGGGGGGCAGCACUGGUCACUAGUGAACCCACGGUGUGUGCAUCAUGAACUGGAAGGUCCUCGAUCACGUGCCCCUGCUGCUGUACAUCUUGGCAGCCAAAACACUGAUUCUCUGCCUGGCAUUUGCUGGAGUGAAAAUGUACCAAAGGAAGAGACUGGAAGUGAAACAGCAAAAACUGGAGGCCGAGAAGAAGCAGCAGUCAGAGAAGAAAGAUAACUGAAGGGCACUGGAAGGUUCUCAGGCUUUGCGAACGCGAGCUGUCCGGUGUCCAGAGAUAGGGCCAGUGGUGUAAGGUGGCCUCUUGCAUAGCUGAGCUUAGAACCGACUACGGCAGUCCACCUUCCUCCUAGGACCCCGGAGCCCUGCUUCACACAAAAAGGAUUCCCAGGUGGAAUGAAAAUUGUGCUUCUAAAGAUACUUUCAUUAGUUGAUAAACUUUAGUGAUUUCCAUUUAUUAGGUCUUAAUACUCAAACGUAGGGUUAAUGUUCAGCAAAUGAGACAUUGGCUACUAUUUGUUUAUUUGUCUGUUUGUGUGUUUCAGACAGGGUUUCACUAUGUAGUUCAGGCUGAGCUUGCACUCAUUA